CCAUCGAUAAUAUACUAUGCCUGUGUGUAUACAACAUUUUAAUUCCUCACUAGUUACGAUGUACUUGUGUUCGGAUAUUCGUAUCGAGCUACAGACGUUCAACUAUUAAAUUUGCUUCCACUUAUAUUCGGUUUAUUCAUAUGAAUUAAUAAUAUUCAUAGCUCAAUAAUUGUACUGUCGCGGCCUCGAGUAUGAUUCGAUAGUUUCAAUAAUGUCAGUUUCUUGUCCAACGAAAUACCUAUAAAGCGUAAAAAUGAUAGAAUAUUCAGAUCCAGAAUUUGAAAAGAAGCUAAUGCUCUUAAAAGACACUCAGGAUGCAAUUCAAUCAUUGUCUACAUGGUGCCUUAAACGACACGAACAUUACAAAAGCAUUAUCACUAUCUGGUUAAAAGCUAUUAGAAAGGUGAAGAUCGAGAAACGUUUGACUUUGUUUUAUUUGGCCAACGAUGUUAUACAAUACAGUAAGAAAAAGAAUUACAAGUUUAUUGAUGGAUGGGCAACUGCUAUUCAAAAAGCUAUCCCCUACGUCAGAGAUGAAAAAAUACAAUCAAAAAUUUCAAGAAUUAUUAAAAUUUGGGAAGAACGAGGUGUAUAUGAUGAUAGUUAUUUAGCUGAUUUAACUGGUUUAUUAACUACACCAAUUCAGAAAUUAAAAUUAGCUGAUCCGGUACAAGAGUUUCAAAUACAUGCAUUAGCAGUUAAAAUACGUUCUUGUGUUAAACUGGAACAGAUUACAGACUUGAAGAUGAAAAAUUUAAGAGAAGCUAAUCUUCCUCUUACUAAUAAUGAAGCUAUACAAAACAUGUUAAAAGAUCGAACACGAAGUCACGAGUUCUUGAAUGAAUUAAAUGAUGGUAUGUCAAAAAUUGAAAGUUACAUUAAAUGCCUCAAACGAGAAACUAUUGAUCGUGCUCAACUAAUUGAUGCUUUAGAAGUUGCUACAUCUUAUUAUGAAGAACAAAAUGGCGAAGUUACAACUGUUGCUCAAGCAUAUUUCAACUACACUAAAAGAGUAAAACUUUUAAAAAGCAAAUUGGAAUCCUUAGUUGGUUCUAUGCCAACAGAUAGUCCAAUGCCUUCACCUGAUAUUAAUGCACCAUCCCCUUCAACAUCUUCAGUCUCUAUUGAAGACUUAAACAUACACAAUAUCAAUUAUGAUACUGUAUUAAAUUCUGAUAAAUAUAUGAUGAAUUCUUCAAUAGAAAAUAGCAUUAAUGACACUGAUAUUUAUGUGCCCACUACAGUUAUCAAUAAUAUUAAGUCAUAUAUUACUCCUGAAACGUAUACUACUGUUCAAGAAUUGUAUGAUCCAGCUUCUGUAAGUUUUCCAGCAAUAGAAAAUCAAGAUCACCAAUCAUUAACCAGUCAGUUUCCAUAUGAUGCUCCAUCACCGCCUCCAGAUGAAACUUUUGCAUAUUCAGCUUUUCCUAAUCAAACAAAUGUUUCAUAUACUAAUGAUAUGAAUAAUCAUAAUAAAAGUUCUACAUAUUCUACAAGUAGUUACGAAGCAUAUGUACCUACUCCAAUGUCAUCUAGUCAGCAAUUUAUAACGACUGAAUUCUCUAAUAAUAUGAUACCUCCCACUAAUUCGUCAUCACUUAUAAAUGAAAAUACUAUACCAGUAUCUCAUGUUCCACAAACGGCUUGGGAUGUAACUAUACAUAGUGAUUGGUCAACAAAUGACACACCAGCAUCACCACCUUUUCAUGAAAAAAUCUCCUAUCAAAAUACUCCCAUAAUCAGUAAAACUGAUGGAGGGCCAGGAAUCGAUCAUUGUGUUUUAGCGUCAAAAAUAAUAGAUAGAGAUGAAAGAGUUUCUCAAGAAAUUAUAACUAAAACUUCUGAUAUUGACCACAGAAACUUAAUUAGUUUGACACAUUCUCCUCAUAUGAAUUCGUCAAUGGUAUCUGUUGAUGUUGAUUACCGAGCAUUUCCUGGUAUUCCUAUGCCACCAUCACCACCAGCUUUGCUUAUGGAAGCAGUCAGUAAACCACCAAAAGAUAAUGUAGAAAGUGUUGAUAUGGAUUUGAGUGACGAUGAUGAGAAGCCUAAAUCAAUCCAUGAUCAAAAACAUGAACAUCAUGCACUCCUACCUCCACCACUUCCUCCACCAAUGCCUUUCGACUUUGACCAACAAAGUGUACCAGAUAUUACAAACCACUGGGAGCAACCUUCCCUACCAUGGAGUAAUGAUAGGUCAGGUUUUAAUGAAAGCCAGUGGAAUAUAGAACAAUCUGAUCAAUGGAAACAACCUAACCAAUGGGAACAAGAGCAAAGUGAUUCAAACUUUGUACAUAAUCAGCCUCAACUUCAAUGGCCUCAAAAUGUUCAGAGAGGCCAAUCCAAAGGAGAUUUUAGACCAAAAUGGAAGAGAGGAAUUAGUAAUUGGCCAAGAGGCCCUAGAAAUUUCAUUCCCCAUUCUAGACCAACUGGUAGAUGGAAUCAGGGACCACGUUUUGGACCGAGGAAUCAACCUUGGUAACUGGACAUCUACAAUUUAGCCAGAAAUGUGGAACUAUGAUUUUGACGAAGAAUGAAAGUGAGAUUGUUCAUUUAUAUUCUAUAUAAAUGUCUAGUUAGUAGUUAAUGUUUUGCAUUUUUUAAAUUAUUAUUCAAUAUAUAUUUGUGUACUGGUAUAUAAUGUGUACCAGUGAUACAUUUGUAGUACUAUAAACAAGCACAAUUUGGUGGAAAGGCUCAGCCAUUGGAAUACCUUGGUUAUUUUUUAAAUCCCAUUUUUAAUUAUGUAUACUUAAUAGAUGAUAUAUUUUUUUAUAUAUACACCUAUAUAUUAUAUUGUAUUAAUGUACAGUACAAUAUAUUUUAAAAUAACUUAAAAAUCACUCAUUAAUGAUAAAAUUAAAUAUUGUUUUAUGAACAAAAUAAACCUUUAAGGAAAGUUCUCAAAUUGCGCCUCAAAUAAAUAUUAUGUAUUAAUAAAUAUACUUCAAAAUAUUGUUUAUAACUUGUAUUUCAUUGUUUUAUUAGUAUAUCAUAAUAUUCAGUGAAUGAUUAUCCUACAGAAAUUAUUGUUUAGUAUAUUGUAUCCUAUUGUUUACAAAUGUUAUUUUGAUUUCAAAUUAUGAAAGUCGUAAAAAUAAUCUCCCAGCAUAAGUUGAAUAAAGUUCAUGGUAGAUACUUCAUUAAUUAAUUUUUAAAAUAAUAUUGCAGACAAAGCUACUUAAAUUAGUAUGAGGACCAAUAUAGAGAUUAUAACAGUUAAUCCCAACCGUCAUAAAUUGUAUCAUAUUUAUCUUAUGUUGUCUCCGAAUUUAUCAAAUUUGCGUUCAGCAGAACUACUCUUGUAUUGUUAGGUUGAAUAUGAGAUUGCAUCCCUAUUAUUAAUCUUAAAUUGUUAGGUAUCUUAAAUGUGUUUGUACAUAGGCUGUUUUUACAAAAUCUUGAUUUUUCUGUGGAAUAUGAGCAUUUUCAAAUUGUUAUGUUCUACAUGCUCAUAACAUUUAACCUUUAUAAUGGCAAUUAACAAUAAAUAAUUGCAAUUUUUCAAAACAAUUAAUUAUUUUUAAUGAAAUGUAUUUUGUAAUAUGUUAAAUUAUGUUAAAAUAUAAUAGAAGAAAGUAAUUAAUUAAAGAGUCAUUAUUUUGAUUAAAAUCAAUGAAAUGUAAAUUAAUGGUUGACAUAUUAUAAUGUAAUUGUGCAACAAACUGACCCCAUUAAUAUUAUUAUUGAAUAAUAAUAUUUAAAUAUUAUUUAUAUUUAUUUAUUUUAUAAGUAAAAAGACCAAAAUAUUAAAAGUUUAAUUAUUGGUUAGGUUAACCUAUGGCCAAUUCCACACAGAAACAACAAUAUUCAAAUUGUAAAACCAAUUUAGAUAGUCAUGUCUAUGAUGGGAAGUUGAGUUUAGUUUAUUGUUUUACUAUUUGUUACCCAGCAUAACAUUUUUUAUGUUAGUAAAAUUAAUUAAAAACAUCAUUUAAAAAAAUGACAUUACACAUUCAUACAAAUUUCAAAUUAUAAUCAUAAGGUUUAUAUUAUAUUAAAUGUUAAUUAAAUCAUCAAAUUAAGAUAUAUUAAUGGAUUAAAAUAUGUAUGUAUUAUGUUUAUAAAUGUACCAUAAAUAUUAUACAAA